AUGGGAGGUCACACAGGUCACCCAACCGCAUCACGAUUAAGUGGAAUGUUUGAUACAACGAACAAAACAGAAAUAAUUCAAGAAAUUCUUGAAAAUGGUGAGAUCAAACGUAUCACUCCAGGAAUACAAUCACGAGAUAGAAAAGGAGCAUUCGGUAAAGGAGGAAAUAAAGAAGGAAUAUCUCAAUCUAUUGUAUACUAA